CACACCCCCCCCGGUGCCCUUUGCGGUGGCAGAGGACGAUCGGGCCGGGCUGAACAUGAGGGUCCUGCGGGCCGCCCCGCUGGGGCUGCUGCGCUCGCUGGGUCCCGCCGCCCCCCCCCGGCACCUCCACAACCGCGUCCGGGAGCACCAGAAGCUUUUCCAGGAGGACAACGGGCUCCCGGUUCAUCUUAAGGGGGGGGCCAUGGAUUCGGCCCUUUACCACCUCACCACCCUCAUCUGCUCCGUGGGUACCUGCUACGCGCUGUGGUCGCUGGCUCAGGCCUCGAUGCCCAAGAAGAAUUGAGGGGGGGGUGCCCCGACCCCCCCCCCCCCACUUCCUACCCCCCCCCCCCCCAUAAAAUGCUCUGCUGAAGCUGUUGACCUGUUUGGGGACAGUGGGGACGUGGGGGGGGGGACACAGACACACAAGGGACUUUUAUUGCCCAAUGCAGCGAGUGCCUGGCUGGGGGGGGGGGGGGGGGGGGGGGGGGGAGUCCCCAACUGUCCCCGUCCCCCCCCAACAAAUAAAGUUUUGGGGUUAAAACCAUCAGGAA